AUGAGAGCUUUAAUUGUUACUGACAUGCAAAAUGAUUUUUUGCCUCCAAAGGGUUCAUUGCCUGUGCCACACGGUGAUGAAAUUGUUCAACCAAUUUUGGAUUUAAUUCGUCAAGAAGAACAACAAGAUUUUCAUAGAAUUGUCUUAGUACGUGACUGGCACACACGUAACCAUACAUCCUUUGCUAAGUCUCAUGAUCUACCAGAAUACUCCCAAUUUGAAUACAAAUCACCAAGACCAGGUGACAAAUCAACACAAAUGGGUACUUUAUGGCCUGUACAUUGUGUUCAAAACACCUGGGGUUCCCAAUUAGCUAAUCCGCUAUUGAAGGAAACUUAUCAUACACAUUUAAAAAUCGUCGAUAAAGGUUUCUUAUCUGAUAGAGAAUAUUAUUCAGGUUUUAGUGAUAUUUGGGAUUUCCAUAAAACUGAAUUACAUGACUAUUUACAAAAACAUCACAUUACUGAGGUUUUAGUCGUGGGACUCGCGUUAGACUACUGUGUUAAAGCAACAGCUAUUUCUGCAGCUAAACUAGGUUAUAAUACUACCGUAGUGAAAUCUUUAACAAGAGCAAUUCACGAUGAUGAUGAACAUAUGAAACAAUUGGAAAAAGAAUUAAAGGAAAAUAACGUUAAACUGGUUGAUGAAGUUCCACCUCAUCAAUCUGCUAAUGCAACUGCUUAA